CCUUGCUCCCCUUUCCACUCACUCUUGGUGACCCCACUGCCCAGUGGUCCUAAGACAGCAGUGAGACAUGUCCUGUCUGGUGCCCCUCUGUGUUUCGAGUCUCUGGACACAGGGCCAAGAGACCCCGCCAGAGAAGACUGACAACAGCAGGCAUCGGUGUCUUUUCGAUCGAAAUCCUCAUUUACCGACCAUGGAAACGGAACCAGAGAAAGUCCGCGUGAGCAAGGCGCCAGGCGCAGACUCGGCCUCGUACCGCUGCUCCGCGUGCCAUGGGGACGAGGCCUGGGGACCCAGCCUCCCCACCCGGGGCCGGGCCAAGUCCCGCAGCCUGUCGGCCUCGCCCGCCCUGGCGAGCACCAAAGAGUUCAGGAGGACUCGCUCUCUGCACGGGCCCUGCCCGGUGACCACGUUUGGACCAAAGGCCUGCGUCCUGCAGAACCCCCAGACCAUCAUGCACAUCCAGGACCCUGCCAGCCAGCGGCUGACGUGGAACAAGUCCCCAAAGAGUGUUCUUGUCAUCAAGAAGAUCCGGGACGCCAGCCUGCUGCAGCCCUUCAAGGAGCUCUGCGUGUACCUGAUGGAGGAGAAUAACAUGAUUGUGUAUGUGGAGAAGAAAGUUCUAGAAGACCCUGCCAUAGUGAGCGAUGACCACUUUGGACCAGUGAAGAAGAAAUUCUGCACCUUCAGAGAAGAUUAUGACGACAUUUCCAAUCAGAUCGACUUCAUCAUCUGCUUGGGAGGGGAUGGGACCCUGCUUUACGCCUCCUCCCUUUUCCAGGGCAGCGUGCCUCCGGUCAUGGCGUUCCACCUGGGUUCCCUGGGCUUCCUGACCCCCUUCAACUUUGAGAACUUUCAGUCGCAAGUCACUCAGGUGAUACAGGUUCAGACAUUUCUUCCUAACGAUGAGAAGCUGAGGCCCCAGCGUGAAGCUGCCGGCAAUGCUGCGGUUGUUCUUCGGAGCCGGCUGAAGGUCAAAGUCGUGAAGGAGCUCAGGGGCAAGAAGAUGGCCAUCCCCAAUGGGCUCAGCCAGAACGGAGUGCUGGCCGCCGACCUGGACGCGGAGGUUGGGAAGCGGGUCAUGCAGUACCAGGUCCUGAAUGAGGUGGUGAUCGACAGAGGCCCCUCCUCCUACCUGUCCAACGUGGACGUCUACCUGGACGGGCACCUCAUCACCACGGUGCAGGGGGACGGGGUGAUCGUCUCCACCCCAACGGGCAGCACGGCGUAUGCAGCCGCCGCCGGGGCCUCCAUGAUCCACCCCAACGUGCCGGCCAUCAUGAUCACGCCCAUCUGCCCCCACUCGCUGUCAUUCCGGCCCAUCGUGGUCCCCGCGGGGGUCGAGCUGAAGAUCAUGCUGUCACCGGAAGCAAGGAACACUGCGUGGGUGUCCUUUGACGGCCGGAAGAGGCAGGAGAUCCGCCAUGGAGACAGCAUCAGCAUCACUACCUCUUGCUACCCGCUUCCCUCCAUCUGCGUCCGAGACCCUGUGAGUGACUGGUUCCAGAGCCUGGCGCAGUGUCUGCACUGGAACGUGCGCAAGAAGCAGGCUCACUUCCCGGAGGACGAGGACGAGGACGAGGAGGAGGCGGAGGAGGAGGCGGAGGCGGAGGCGGCGGCGGGGGAGGAGGGCUAGGCCGGAGUCCCCGCCGUCCCGGACUGAGUCCCAGCGCUGCUUUGCCACUCGCCCUCCGGGGACUGCUGUGCGCCCCGCACAGGCGUCCCGCGUCCCGUGCCCCGAGUCAGGCGCUUUCGUUUGUAGCCAGAGGAGCAGCCGCGAUCUGCCUUUUGUCGACCAGAUCAGCUGUUUUUAAUAUUUUAAAUCUGACUUCUUUUUGCAUUUAAAAACAAGAAAAGUGAUGGCGGGGACUCUGAGGCAGACGCCACGCUCCCCUGCUGUCGGGCAGAGCCUGGCGCCCGGGGCAGGGACGCCCGGCUGCUUGUGCUGUUUGUACUUUCUCGUCGGGAAACCUGUGCUCAAAUCAGUCUGUUGAAAUUCCGAGGGGAUAGGAAUGGAUGGAUCUGUCUGUCUGUGUCGAAAAUAAAUGUCUCGUAGCCAAAACCUCACUUGAAGCUACUACGAUUUCCCUCCCUUAAAUCUUGCACCUUUUCCGCCGGAAGGACUCGGAGCGGACGCUUCUGCAGAGAGCGGUUUGACAUUUGACCGGCUGAGGAGCGGAGGGUCCCCUCACCCUCCCGCACCUCGGCCCGGCCGCCAGCCGCCCUCUCCGCCCCGUCGUGGAGUGACAGGUGGCGGCAAGGCCCCGCGCUGUGGCCCCACGACCCACACAUUCCCCCCGGAAGGGAUUUGAAAUCCUGUGUCUACUCCGCAGAGAUUAUUUUAAGCUUUCUGAACUGCUGCGUACUGAUUUUCUUGCACACACUGAAGAUUUCAGAAGGAAGGGGACUCGUUCCGCUGUUUACAUGUGUUCUGUGUGACGCCGUUGCUGGGACCACUGUGUUUAGCAUCGUCACCGUAGAGGUGACGGUCCAGGAGCGAAGGGCGCUUCUCCCUCAGGGCGCCGCCGGUCAGCGAGGAAGGAGGUGGCGGGACCUCCUGUGCCCGUUCGGCUCUUGCUUCUCCCUGUGGGUCUUGGGCUCGCGGGGAAGCUGCCAGCGUUCCAGCGGCCCCUCGGGGCGCCGGGCCUGCGCGCGGGCUCCGCCUCUGUCUCUGAGUGAUUUCUCUCUGAGCUGUGUGUUCAGUCUGGUAAGGUGGCAAGAACAGAAGGGACAGGGCUGUGCCUUGCUCCCUGGGAGGGUCAUGUGCCUCAUUCUAGAGCUUUCUAGAAAGGCUCCGGGGCCAUGCCCGCUGUCACCCUCCCAGCCAGGGGCCUCCGCACGGCAGGCUGUGCAGCCUGAGCGGCGUCUCCUAGGUCCGCGCCUCGGCAUCUGGUGCUGGGAGGUGGGGGCCCUCCCCGCCGCCGCCCGCCUCCCUGGGGCAGAGAAGGGGCCGAACCAAACCCCCACUUUAGGUUGAAAAGAGAGUGGUGUUUGGAAUUCAGGUCAUUCGUUUAGACAAAAAAAAAAAAAAAAAAGAAAAGAAAAAGCAAGUCUGAAAGGAGCAUGAUUUGGAAUGAUCUAGAAAACCUGGAUUUUUUUGAAGUAAAUUCUUAAUGUUUCAUAUUGUUAAUAUCUUGAAAAUUUGUUAAAUGUUGUCCAAAGCCUUAUUACUAUUUUCAGAUUCUUUCAAUAAACAGACUUGUUUAAAAAGC